UUCCCGAGAUGCACCUGUUCGCUGUGCUACUACUUUGCCUGAGCUGCUGCUGCUGCUUCAUUUCCGGCCUUAAGUGCCGAUCCCAGGAGGGAUUGGGCGAGGUGGACAUCAAAAGGACGAUACGCGGAUGCAUGCAUCGGCAGGACGACAACGAGGAUCGAGGAAGAGGAGGGCAGAGCAGACCAGGGAGCGACGGCUAUGGAUUCGAUUACGAAAGGGAUCAGGAUGAAGACCAGGAAAGGGAUCGAAGUCAAGGCAGCAGGGUCAUCUAUGGCAACCGACGGCCAAGAGGACUAAGGCAGCCGGAGAGCAGAAACAACACAGGCAGCGAUGGAGGUCAGUGUGUGGCCCAGUGCUUUUUCGAGGAGAUGAAUAUGGUGGACGGAAAUGGGAUGCCCGAUCGUCGCAAGGUGAGCUAUCUGCUGACCAAGGACAUUCGGGAGCGGGAGCUGCGCAACUUCUUCACGGACACCGUGCAACAGUGCUUCCGGUAUUUGGAGAGCACCGGAAGGGGCCGGCACAACAAGUGCUCGGUGUCCCGGGAACUGGUGAAAUGCAUGUCGGAGUACGCGAAGGCCCAAUGCGAGGAUUGGCAGGAGCACGCCAGCAUGCUCUUCACUUAAACUUACCCCACUUUUUAGAUCUUCGCAGCGAUCCAGGAAACGCUCGUGGUUGUCCCGAAUACCACCAUCGGUGUUCUCCUCCAGCUGGUAGAAGACGCACUCCAAUUGCUGCUGCUUCUGGGCAUGUAUCUCCUUGAAUCCUGCGGAGUCCUGCUCCCACUGGCUCAGCACCGCCAGCUUGUCGUCCUCGUAGAUGGUACGGAAGAACUCUAUGCGACUUCUAUGGGUGUCUAGGAAAAAGUUGGGUUUAAAACAGACAGUUUUUCAUUGUUUCGGGCUAUUCUAAUUUUAUAUUAUUAUACAUUUAUUGUCAGUAAUGUACACACAAAUACUCCAUUAUUUUCCGUUUUUAGAGAUCUCGAAAUAAUUUACCACUAUUUGUUAUAAAAAUAUAUUUCUGGAAUCUA